AUGGCCAAAAGGAAGGAUGCUCGCCGCGAAACUUCUAAGUUGGCGCCUUCGAGCCCUCCCCGGACAACAACAAGCGUAAACACCAGGCCGACGACCCCGACUACGCCUGUUCAGAUUCCUUCAAAAUCAAAGGCAACCCCGUUUUACACCUCCAACCGCCAUGCGCAUCGGAAGCCCUCCCGGCCGAGGGAUGUCCACUCACCGGACGCUGUUCCGCCUGCCAUGCUGGCCUUGUUAGCCGUCACUGACAUUCCCCGACCCCGACGCAGCUUGAGGCAGAGGCUAUCCAGAGACCAGGCAAUGACUCUGGAAGCCGUUAUCGAGAGACAGCAAGUUUGUGAAAAGGAACUUAGUCUCACUUUUGGCAAGAGCCCCCUAGACUUGCUGUUGUCGCCACCCGACGACCUGACAGACGAUGACAUGUCAGUUAGCGACAGCGGUCUUGGUUCCGUAUUAUCCACCAGAACUGUCUCUGUAGAAUCAGUUCCCUCCCUAGGCGAUUCCUUUUCCACCGACACACUGUCGUCGGUUGAGUCACCUUAUGGAUCCAGCCCGCGAAGGAAGCGCUCCCGCCAACCCAGGCGUUCGCUGGAGCCCAUUUCAUCUCCUCCCGGCCAGCCCGAGGACCACCCGUUAUCCCGCGACCGGGUCAGCGUUGACGAGAUUGACUUUAGAGUAUUCGACGAGUCUCAGGAUGAAGAGGACACCAAGUCAGAGUUCUCCUUCUCUGACUACACUUUCCCGCUGCGCCCUCUCAAGUCAGCGUUCAAGUCCAACCUGACUGCAUCGCUCCGCGCCCUGCGCUCGGCUGCACGAUCCAUCUCAGCCAUCAACUUUUCGUCUAUUCCGCCCGACGACUUCCUCACGAGAUCCAUUCUCACCAUCGACCCCAAGGUUCCUUACACGGACGAGCGGCGGCCACCAGUACUCGAGGAGGAGCCGUCGGCUGCGUUGCGCCGAUAUCUGAACCCCACGACAAACGCUCGAAUUGAGCCCCACCCUGUAGCGGCCCCUACGCCGACGGGCACGCGAAGCUUUACUGCGUCUAUCCAGAUGCAAACAUACAAGGUUCAGAAAAGCCGUAGUGCAACACCCACAUCAACUCGGAGCCCCUCCCCGGCGACAUCGGCGGUCACGACUCAGUCAACGCCUUAUCAGCCCCCAGCACAAUCUCCGACCCAGACCGCAUUCACGUAUCCUCCGGGAGGCAUGCGUCAGCGAGAGAUGCGGGAGAACUCGGACUUCAUUCGUAUCGCAGUCAUGGAGAUGGCGAUGCGCAAGCAGGGCAAGCUCGACGACCAACGACCAGGCCGCGCUCGCUGGGCGUUACCGCCGCGCAAGGCAAGCGUACGCCCCUACGAUGUGGGUAGCGACGGCGUCCCAGCACGAUGGAUUCCAGUGUCGCAUUGA